AUGGGUACCAGGCCUGAUUAUCCUGUUAUUGAAGAAUCUGUCCUCGAGCUUUUUGCUGCACACAGCAUUACUGUGAAGGCUAAGCAUACAGCAAGCAUCAAGGUGCCCAAAGUCAUAUGUUUCAAAGAUGGUGUUGAGGUGACAGAGGAGGAGAAAGUGGCUUUGGGAACGAAAUUGCUGAUUGAUCCAAAUGCCGACCCACCAUCAGUGAAGGAAGAGUUAGUACAUGAAUUACUACAGGAGCUUGACCCCUACAAAACAAUGGGCCCUGACGCCAUCCACCCGAGGGUGUUGAGAGAGCUGGCUGACAUCACCGCAAGGCCACUCUUCAUAAUCUUUGAGAAGUCCUGGAGAACGGGGGAUGCCCCAGAGGACUGGAGGAAGGCAAAUGUUACCCCUAUCUACAAGAAAGGCUUGAGGGAGGAUCUGGUUCCUUCUGUGCAGACCCAGGUGUUUCAGCCUGAAGUUGUAGAUGUCAGAGAAGAAGAUGUCACCAUCACCUGGAACUUCCCAGCCCAGGAUGGAGGCUCCCAAGUGCAAGGUUACAUCAUAGAAAAAAGAAGCAGCAGUCUUUGUGUCUCAGUCACCAAGAAGCCAGUCCAAGGUACCAGAUUCAAAGUGGAUUGUUUUCUGGAGGAUACAGAUGAGUUCUGUGUGAUAGCUGUGAACCUUGCAGGCACUGGACUUCUCAGCAUGCGCUCAACCUCCAUUGCAAAGGAUUCCAUCAAGCCUCCAGGACUGCUGAAGGUGGUGGAUUUCUCCGACUCCAGCGUUUCCUUAGCAUGGCAGGAACGACCAGGAGAUGCGCUGUCAGGACACAUACUAGAGAUGUGAGCUGAGGACACCAAGAAAUGGACAAAAUGCACCAAGAUCCCUAUCUCUAGUACCACUUACACUGUGGGAGGCUUGCAGGAGGGAUGAAUCUGCUUCUUAACCCGAGCUGUGAAUGAAGCUGGGGGGAGAGAAGUAGCAGAGUUACAGGAAGGAAUUCUAGCAAUGCCACCUUCAGGUAAGACAUGCAGUAUCUGUCCAGCUGAAACUCCCAUCUAUCAGCUGAUACUUUCUUGUGUUUUUAAAAUAUCCCUCAUUUUGUAG